AAUGCCAGAAGUGGAUGAAUAUUUUGUAAAUGAUUGGAGUUAUGAUGGAUUUCAAACAUUCUUGACAGCUAAAAAAUGUAGUGAAAUAAUUUGGAUAAACUCCUUGAAAGCGAUUAGUAAAAAUAAUAAUUAUCCCCAAAGCAUAGCCAUUUUCAAUUUAUGGAGUAGUUUGCAUAAAAGGAUGAAAAAUGAUAGAUUUAAUAAUGAAUAUAUUUUGGAUAUUAAUCGAUUAAGCAACUUAUUGCAAAAAACCGAAAUUCAUUUUUUGAGCAAUUUGUUUUCACCUGCAAAUGUAGAAUUAGAUAGAGAGGUCAACGAAUAUUUAAAUAAUAUAUUUUCUAUUUUUAAAAGUAAAGAGACUUUUAAUGCUGAAAGUAUAUUUGAAGAAGUAGAACAGAAACGGAAAUUAACAAAUUUGGGAAUUAAAACUUCACAAGAGUGCCGAAUUACUUUCAUUUUUAUCACGGUACAAAAAUUGUAA